UCAAAUGUCUCAUCCAUUCUCAGUCUCCAACUCCAAAAUUAGUAGUAUGGAUGGCAAUAAAACUCCGCCGGAGCUGGAGAUUACCAAGCUACGCGCCACCGAGAUACUCGGCAAAGGCGCCAUGGGCACAGUCUUCCUUGUUCAUGAAAACUCCCGUGAUCAACCCUUUGCCCUCAAGGUGGUGGAAAAAUCUUCCCAUGAUCACCACCAAGCCAACCGCCGCGCCCGCCACGAAAUCUCUGUCCUCCGCCGUCUCUCUGCGUCCCACCAACCAUUCCUGCCCCAUCUCAUUGGCUCCUCCGAAAAUGAAGACUUCGUCUGCUGGGCAAUUCCCUUCUGCCCCGGCGGCGACCUCAAUGUUCUCCGUUACCGCCAAAACGACCAAGUUUUCUCCCCCGCCGUUAUCCGCUUCUACUUGGCGGAGAUCAUCUCCGCCAUCGAGCAUCUUCACGCUCAAGGCAUUGUUUACAGGGACCUCAAGCCCGAAAACAUUCUCGUUCAACAGUCGGGCCACGUGACACUCACGGACUUCGACCUCUCUCGUGACCUCGCCCCCAGAAAAUCCGGUGAUGUAAACUUCCACUCCGAUCCUGAGGAAGAAAAGGGGGCGAAGCGCCAUUCCCAGAUUAGUAAGCUCACGCGCUUUGUUACUCUCAAAAGAGGAAAGCGAGCCUUCAGUAGCAAGAAUCCGUUGAAAAAAGCGAAAAGCGCGCGCGUUUCUCCCGUGAGCAGGACGAACGCCAACCAUUUUUUGACGAAUGAGCGUUCAAAUUCUUUCGUCGGCACCGAGGAAUACGUGGCGCCGGAGGUUAUACGAGGUGAAGGCCAUGAAUUCGCCGUCGACUGGUGGGCUCUCGGAGUGCUUUGCUACGAAAUGAUGUACGGGACUACGCCAUUUAAGGGGAAGAAUCGAAAGGAGACCUUCCGGAAAAUACUGUUAACCGAGCCGAAGUUCAUCGGAAAACCCAAUGCGUUGACGGACUUGAUACGAAAGCUGCUUGCAAAGGAUCCCACCCGCCGCCUGGGGUACCGAAGGGGAGCGGCGGAGAUUAAGGAGCACGAGUUCUUUCGGGGCUUGAGGUGGGAUUUGAUAACUCCUCCCCUCCGGCCGCCGUUUUUGCCGUCACGUGAAGAGGCAGAGGUAAAAGGAGGUGGAGUGGAUAUAUGGGAGUAUUACGAGAAGGUGAAUCCUCCGCGGUCGCCGCUGUGGUCACCGUCACCGGAUAACAGUCGACGUAACGUCUCAUUAACGGAGUUCUGACCCACGUUUGAAAGGGCAGAGGUGGGGUACAUACCUAAAAUAAGGGUAGCUCCUGAAAAUCGGCGUCAAUUAAGAAUAGUUGUGAGCAGCUGAUGAUAUAAUUACAUAUGUUGUACAUUAAAGGCUAAAUUUCAUUUUACCGGCUGUAUUUUGUUAAGUUACUCUUAAAAG